CCAGCGCCAGUGAAGCAGCUCGCGCUCUCUGUAAAGUUCUCGUCCUGUUUCCUGCUGUCAGUCCUCCCCGCUGCACCAUGCGUCUCCUCCCGAAGACACUAUGGGAUGUACCCGCUCUGAGAAGACACUAACCCCGGGCUCUGCUGCUGCCUGUGUCUGCUCUCUGCUCUACUUCAGCCGGGGAAACCCUGCCGCUCUACUCUGAGCGUUUUCAUCCACACCGCGCCGCUUUUCCUCUUUAAUUUAUUUGUUGCCUGCCGCUUCAUUUAUGGACCACAGAAGCUCCGAGUAGAGUGUUUGUCAUUUUCGUUCACACAGCUGAAGAUGGAGUCGGUGAUGGAGAGGGAGUGCAGCGCGCUGGGGGGGCUUUUCCAGACUGUCAUAGGAGACAUGAAGGGCAGUUACCCUGUGUGGGACGACUUCAUCAGCAAGGCCAGCAAGCUCCAGUCCCAGCUCAGGACGACGGUUGUCGCGGUAGCAGCCUUCCUGGAUGCCUUUCAGAAGGUGGCCGACCUGGCCACCAACAGCCGAGGGGGAACCCGGGACAUUGGCUCCGCCCUCACCAGGAUGUGCAUGAGGCACCGCAGCAUCGAGACCAAACUGCGCCAGUUCUCCAUGGUGUUUCUGGACUGUCUGAUCAACCCUCUACAGGAGCAGAUGGAGGAGUGGAAGAGAGUUUCCAACACUCUGGACAAAGACCACGCCAAAGAGUACAAGAAGGCCCGUCAGGAGAUCAAGAAGAGAUCGUCUGACACUCUGAAGCUGCAGAAGAAAGCUAAGAAAGCUGAUGUAUUUGGCCGCGGGGACCUCCAGCCUCAGCUGGACAGCGCCAUGCAGGAAGUGAAUGAUAAGUACCUGCUGCUGGAGGAAACGGAGAAGCAGGCGGUGAGGAAGGCGCUGGUGGAGGAGAGGAGCCGCUUCUGCUGCUUCGUCACCAUGCUGAAGCCUGUGGUGGUCAGUCAAUGUCCAUGCUUGGGGGAGAUCACUCACCUCCAGACCCUCACAGACGACCUGAAGGCUCUGACCAUGGACCCCCACAAGCUGCCCCCCUCCAGCGAGCAGGUGAUCUUAGACCUGAAGGGCUCUGAGUGCACCUGGUCCUACCAGACCCCCCCCUCUUCACCCAGCACCACUGUAUCCAGGAAGUCCAGCAUGUGCAGCAGCCUGAACAGUGUGAACAGCAGCGACUCUCGCUCCAGCGGCUCCCACUGCCACUCCCCCACCUCCCACUUCCGUUACCGUGCCUCCUCCUCCUCCUCCUCCUCGGUGCUCCCCCAGCAGGCCCCCGCCCGCCUCUCCUCGGUCUCCUCCCACGACUCCGGCUUCAUCUCCCAGGACGCCUUCCAGUCCAAGUCCCCCUCACCCAUGCCCCCGGACGGCUCCCAGUCCUGUGUCUCUGCUUUAUCUGAGGAGCCCUUCCUCUUCCUCCUCUUCCUCACCCUCACACAACCAAGAGGUGAACAUCUGAAAACACACCCAUAUAUACACACACACACACACUCACACACACACACACUUUGCUAAGGUGUGUUAGGUCUGUAGUUGUGUGUGUGAAGGUGUCACAUGGAGCAUCAGGGUUAUUACAAUGAUGUUGACUGUUUGUAUAACAGCAGAAGCCUCUGCCUGUUGAACCUCCAUUCAGUAUAUCACACAUUUGAUCAGAUCCACUUAUUAUUAUGCAUUUGGAUGAAGAGGUUCUUGAAAAUGAGGCGUGUCAGAUUUAGUAGUCUCCUGACACGUCAUUCAACAUUUGACAUAACGUUGUUUGGUAAAUAGAAUAACCUGAAGUAAAAAUGAAAGAAUAAACAAUCAGAAGAACACAGAAUGAAAACAGACUUCAAAGCAGAGUAACAGAGUCCCCAUGUUCAGUUUGGAUUGUGGGAACAGUCAGUUAUGAAGAUUGGUCCUGAGAGCUGAUCAUGUCUGCCUGUUAGCCUUAGCAGAGGCUGACAUACAUCUGCAACAGAUCUCUGAACCAGACCUGCUCCAUGUGGAACCUCCUCUUCAUGUUUUCACAUCCUCAACAGUCCUCACCCUCACCUUUUUAAUUUGUGCAUUGUGUCUCUUCCUCUUCCUCAUCCCCCCCUUCAGUUGUCAAAUGGUUUUGACCA